CCGGUCUGUAAUGUUGCGGCAAGCAUGUAAAAUUCUCAACGCAAAACAGCAAUUCAGUUUUUCACAUUACAAACAAACGUUUGAGCUUUAUUCACGGUUAUUCAGUAUCAACAUGAAUCAGGUGGAAGAGUCUAAGAAGGCGGCAGCAUAUAAAGCAGUUGACAACCACGUUUGUGAUAAUUAUUCCAUUGGAAUUGGAAGUGGAUCUACCAUUGUUUAUGCCGUAGAGAGGCUUGCCGAGAGGGUGAGAAAGGAAGGUCUGAAGGUCGUCUGUGUUCCGACAUCGUUCCAGGCGAGACAGCUCAUCAUCACUAACGGCCUGACCUUGUCCGACCUUGAACGAACGCCGGAGUUGGACGUAGCCAUUGAUGGUGCAGACGAGGUAGAUGAAAACCUUACUCUCAUCAAGGGGGGCGGAGGCUGCCAAACUCAGGAGAAGAUUGUGGCGUCUGCCGCCAAAUGCUUCAUCGUCGUCGCCGACUACAGGAAGGAUUCACGCUCGCUAGGGGAGCAGUGGGCGCGCGGUGUGCCGAUCGAAGUGCUCCCGCUCGCGUACGCAUCUGUCGCCCGGAAGCUGCAGAAGAUGCUUGGAGGAAAAGCGGAGCUUCGCAUGGCCAAGAAUAAAGCGGGCCCUGUUGUGACGGAUAAUGGUGGAUUUGUCAUCGACUGGGUAUGGGAGAAAGUUGGAGAUUGGCAGCAGACCAACACGCAGAUCAAAAUGAUUCCAGGUGUGGUGGAGACGGGCCUGUUCGUCGGCAUGACGUACAAAGCGUACUUUGGAAAUGCCGACGGCACAGUUUCGGAGAGGCAGAAGAGGGACUGAUCGCUGGCGCCUCCACCUCCUAAUCACUCGCUCACAAAUUUUAUUUACAAGUUUAGUGAGAAACUUGCUUGCAAUUAGACCUAACGAAAUUGAACUUUUCAAUUUCUUGUAAUGUACACGCAGUACAAAUAGUAGCUAGAUAGUGGAGCUAAAUUAUUAUAUAGCGAAAUCAUUUGACUUCUUCUGAGAUGUGAUCAUGCUGAUUAUGCAGCAUUUUGUAUACACAGAUAUAUGUGUGAUGUAAUAGAUAGAAUGCUGGUUUCCUCAGACUGGGACACAUAUAGGAAGAGAUUAUAUCAGAUGCGGCAUUGCCCUACAGCUGUAGAGGCGAUUGUUAACGGGUUAGACCACCUCGUAAAACGAGAAACUGACAGCGGUUUCAGAUCGGUAAAGUAACAAGUACUUUAUUAGAAGUCAUUGCUGGUGCCGAAUGCUAACUCUAUGAAAUAGUUUGUGUUGAGAGGCCCGGUAUGAGUGGCAUGUACGAAGUAGCCUAGUCGUACACCGUGGUAGCAGUCAGUGGUGUCUAUUGCAAAAUCGUGUCUGCGACUAGGCACGCUUGCGAUGUGGUGUGUCUGACCAUUCUCUGCUAUGUUCUUACUUUGUAGAGCAUUCUUUGUGAUCGUUACAAUAAAUACAAAUUUAUUUUUGUAGAGGC